AUGUUCGGGUGGACUCCGCCGCACGGUGUGGGGCCCCUGACACCCGUAUCGGAGAAUUCUGAAGUUCCGGACUCGCCGUUGCCCUAUUUAGACACAACCACCAGUCGCCGGAAUUUUCCAGAGAAGAAUGAUGAUAUCGAGGAGGAGGAUGAAGUGAUUCCGCCGUCGGCGGUGCCGUUUACGGCGUUGUUUGCAUGUGCUGACGGGUUUGAUUGGAUUCUUAUUGCGGUGGGGUCGCUGGCUGCUGUGGUUCAUGGUGCAUCCCUCGCUGUAUAUUUACAUUUAUUCGGAAAAAUUAUUCAUUUAUUGAGCUUCCAUAGUAAUGCAGAUGAACUUUUCAACCAUUUUUCUCAGCAUGCUCUGUAUAUUGUAUAUAUAGGUUUGGCUGUUUUUGCUGCUGGAUGGAUUGAGGUUUGGUGUUGGAUUCUUACUGCGGAAAGGCAAACUGCUGUAAUUAGGACCAAGUAUGUUCAAGUGAUAUUAAACCAGAACAUGAGCUUUUUCGAUGCCUAUGGACACAAUGGGGACAUAGUGAGCCAAGUCUUGACUGAUGUUCAAGUUAUCCAUUGUGUUCUUGGUGAAAAGGUUGGAAAUUAUGUUCACAACAUUGCAACGUUUUUGGGCGGGCUCGUCAUUGCAUUUGUGAACUGCUGGCAGAUUGCACUUGUAGCAUUAGCGACAGGUCCAAUAAUUGUUGCUGCAGGCGCGUUAUCAGAUAUAUAUCUCCAUAAGUUUGCAGAAAGCCUUCAAGAUGCUUAUGUUGAUGCUGCAAGGGUUGCUGAAGAGGCUCUGUCAAACAUUAGGACACUCUAUGCAUUCACAAAUGAAGCAUUAGCGAAGUAUUCUUAUGCGUCUUCUCUUCAUGAUACGCUGAAAUAUGGUAUCAUAAUAAGCCUUGUUCAAGGGCUAGGACUUGGAUUCACAUAUGGACUUGGAAUGUGUUCUUGUGCUUUGCAACUUUGGGUCGGAGGGUUUUUAGUUACCAAUGGAAAAUCCAGCGGUGCUGAAAUUGUCACUGCCGUUUUUGCUAUGAUUUUAAGUGGCCUUGGGAUGAAUCAGGCGUGGGCAAACCUGUAUUCUUUUGAGCAAGGUCGUAUAGCUGCAUACAGACUCUAUGGGGUUACAAGGCACUCCGCUUCUGCUGCUGCUUCAGAUGGAAAUACUUUAGUUUCUGUGCAAGGAAAGAUCGAGUUCAGGAACGUUUAUUUCAGCUACCCCUCUUGUCCUGUGGAUCCUAUCUUAAGUGGAUUUUACCUUACUGUCCCUGCCAAAAAAACCGUGGCACUUGUGGGAAGAAGUGGAUCAGGAAAAAGUAGCUUAAUUCCUCUCCUGGAACGACAUUAUGAUCCUACUUUGGGAGAGGUUCUUUUGGAUGGAGUAAAUACUAAAAGCCUGAAGCUAGAAUGGUUCAGACGCCAAAUAGGGCUUGUGACACAGGAACCGGCUUUAACAUGUUUAAGCAUAACAGAUAACAUUGCAUAUGGACGUCCUAAUAUCACAUUCAAACAGAUUGAGGAGGCUGCUAAAAUAGCACAUGUUCAUGCAUUCAUAAACUCCCUUGAAAAUGGAUAUGAGACUCAGGUGGGCAAAGUUGGCUUAGAAUUGACAGACGAGCAGAAGAUAAAAAUUUCUGUUGCUAGAGCAGUUCUUUUAAACCCUUCAAUUAUUUUGCUUGAUGAAGUUACCAGCAAGCUCGAUUUGGAAGCAGAAAAAUCUGUUCAGGAGGUGUUACGUAUCAUUAUGCUUGGGAGAUCAACGAUAAUGAUUGCUAGGAAAUUAAGUCUUGUAAAAUAUGUUGAUCUUAUUGCUGUGAUGGAGGGUGGUCAAUGUGUUGAAAUGGGUACUCAUGAUGAACUUAUUAGCGCACAUGGACUGUAUUCAGAGAUUCUUAGAUGUGAAGAAGUGGUGAAACUUCCUGUAAAGUUGCCAAGUGGGAACCACAACGUAAUGGAACUCAAAGCAGAAAAUGACUCGGGCAAUAAGACGGCCUUGGCAAUGGAAAAGGUGGAUAGUCUUGAAAUGAGAUCUACUGCAGACCAUAAAGACCCUCAAUUAAAAGACAAGUACAAGAGUAAACAUCAGACUUCACCAUCUUUAGGGAGACUUGUGAAGUUGAAUUUACCAGAGUGGCUGUAUGCAGUUUUGGGAAGCUUGGGGGCAUCCAUAUUUGGAUCUUUCAGGCCUAUCCUUGCUUAUGUGGUUGGGCUGAUAGUGACUGCAUACUAUAGAGUUGAUGGAAGUCAUAACAUUAAGUUUGAUGUUAACAAAUGGUGCUUGAUAAUUUCAUGUAUGGCUAUUGUUAUUUUAGUAGCGACCGUGUUGCAGCACUUCUACUUUGGGAUUAUGGGAGAAAAAAUGACCGAAAGAGUUAGAAGAAUGAUGUUUUCAGCCAUGCUCCAGAGAGAUGUAGGAUGGUUUGAUAAAGACGAGAAUGGUAGUGACAACUUGUUGAUGAACUUGGCGAAUGAUGCCACGUAUGUGUGUGCUGCUUUCAGCAACCGUCUCUCUAUUCUUGUCCAGGACUUCUGUGCUGCUUUUGCUGCUAUAAUUAUUGGGUUCUCUCUAGAAUGGAGGUUGGCACUGGUGGCUUUGGCCACCAUACCAUUUCUUACAGUCUCUGCAGCUGCACAGAGAACGUGGCUUUCUGGGUUCUCAAGGGGCAUUGAGGAGCUUCACAAGCAGGCGUCGCUGGUCCUGGAAGAUGUGGUUAGAAACAUCUCUACUGUCAUGGCAUAUUGUGCUGGAAACGAAGCAUCAAGACUCUACAGUUUGUACCUGAAAAAAGUUUACAGACGGGCGUUCCUCCAUGGUAUGUCAAUUGGAUUCGUGUUCGGCUUUUCAAGGUUUCUCCUUUUCGCUUGCAAUGCUGUUUUACUUUGGUACACUGCUGUUUCUGUAAGAAAUGGCUAUAUUGAUCUUCCCACAGCCCUUAGAGAAUACAUUGUGUUCUCUUUUGCAACUUUUUCGCUGGUGGAACCUUUUGGCCUUGCAGUUAAAUUUCACAAAAAGCGGAAAAAUCUUGUUCGGGUUUUUGAUAUUAUCGACCAUGUUCCCAAGAUUGGCCUUGAUGAAUCUUCUGCACUUAAACCUGUUACUGCUUGUGGAACCAUUGAGUUUAAAAAUGUUAACUUCUGUUACCCAACAAGUCCAGAAAUUAUGGUGUUACGGGAUUUCAGUGUUAAAGUUGACGGAGGUCACACGGUGGGCGUGGUCGGAGUUUCAGGUUCUGGAAAAAGCACUUUACUUUCUCUGAUUCUAAGGUUUUACGAUCCAGUUUCUGGUCAGAUACUUCUGGACGGAAAAGAUCUGAAGCAUUUCAAUCUCAGAUGGUUGAGGAACCAACUUGGUUUUGUCCAACAAGAACCUGUAAUAUUCUCAACCACCAUUAGAGAAAACAUCAUCUACGCUAGGCGUCACGCAAGCGAAACCGAGAUCAGGGACGCCGCCAGAAUCGCAAAUGCCCACCAUUUCAUUAGCAGUUUGCCUCAAGGAUACGACACUCGAGUGGGUCCCGAUGGAGUGGACUUAACACCUGGACAGAAACUGAGGAUCGCGAUUGCCCGUGUGGUCCUGAAGAACGCACCAAUCUUGUUACUAGAUGAGGCAGAUAGUACGAUCGAGCACGAGUCAAGACGUGUGGUGCAAGAGGCUCUUGACACACUUCUAAUUGGCGGAAAAACAACGAUUCUAGUUGCACGACGGGCUUCCAUGAUGAGACGAGUUGACAAAAUCUUGGUUGUCAAUGGUGGCCAAAUUGUCGAACAAGGGACUCAUGAUUCUCUUGCAGCAAUAAAGGAUGGCGUUUACGCGAAACUGACACAACCUCAUUUUGUAAAAGGACUUCGGCCUCACUUUCUUGGUUCUAGACGGUGA